ACCUUAAUUUGCGUAAAAAGGGUUAAUAAAGCUAAUCAGUUUACUACAUUACCCAGAGUUCUUUACGGUGUAGGAUGUUAGGUUUGUUGCCUCUGCGUUUUGGUUUGUGGCAGCUUCUAAACUCAGUGCGACUAGUUAAAUGAUUAGUUGAGAAUUUUUUAACGCAUAUUGUUAUAAAGAUAUUUUUUUCAAAACUUCGUAAUCAAGAUUUAGGAGUACAAUAUAUUGUAAACUGGCUUAAAACGGGGGCAAUGACGUCUCACAAUUCUCACCUGUUCAGGUGGAAGAGGCUCGGGACUGCACCCAAGCUCAAACUCUUCUAGGUGAUUGGCUGGGCACUAAGUUACGUUUGGAGCUUGGGAUGGAUGAUGAAGAUGAUCUGAGGUGUUCUGCUGUAAAGACACAACCUGCCUCUCCAGCUUCCCCACAUCCAGCUGUCCACACCCCCAGCAACUUUGAUGAUCUGUAUAACCGCCUGGCUGAAGAAGAAGAAAAAUCUGCUGUUAACAGUUUCCUACAACAUCUCAUGGAGCAGGAUCUGCUGGACUCUGGGACGAUGGAGGAACUCUCACUCGAUGGUGGAAUCAGUAGGAAGUUCAGAAACCCGAUCCUCACCAUGGAAGCACGUCAUCAGCAGGUGCGCGAGAACAGGGUGCGGCGGGAGGCCGAGAGGCAAAGACAGCAGAGGGAGGAGGCUGCAAAGCAGGAGGCCAGGAAGGAGGCGAAGAGGAGGGAGCAGGAGAAAGAGAUGAAGAAGAAGAAGCUGGAGAAACAAAGAGAGGAGGAGUUGGUUCAGCAGGAGAUGAUCAGACUCCGACGUCAGAUGGAGGAGAGGAGAGGCCGGGAGCAGCUCCUUCGACAGAGAGAAAGAGAAAAAGAAAAGAAGCGAGCAGACAGAAGCGUUCAGCCAACCCCAACACUUCUAUCAAAGCAGCAGCAGGAAACAGAGCGACUCCACCGAGAGCAGCAGAUUCAGGUGCAGAUUCACAUGAGGAACCUCAAGUGUCUGCACAGGCAUUUUUCUGGGUGGUACAUGGUGGUGAUGGACCGAAGGUUGUGUCUGGGUAAGGCGGUGGUCCUCUGUGAUUGGAGGAGGCAGCUGAAAGCGUGGCGAGCGUGGCGGACCGUGGUGUGGGCAGAGCGCGAGCGGCGGGAGGUGGCGAGAACAGAAGAGGCGCUGCGAAUGGAAAACAGACAAAUCCAGCUCGCCGUGGAGAGUGACAGAAGGCGAUUGUUACGGCGAUGUCUGAAUGAGUGGCAGCUGUGCUGUCAGGUGGAGAAGGCCCAGCGGGAGCUUAGGGCUCGACAGCAGGAGACAAAACAAAAGAUGGCUGCUUUACUCGCUGCUGCUUCCACAGGAAAACUCCUCAGGACCCCUGCUGAUCAGCCAAUCCCUGCCCCACCUGAACCUCCAAACCAAUCAGAGGAGAUGGAUCAUCCCAAGUUGAACACUUUAGCUCCUCGAGCCUUGGCGCUGCAUCAGGAUCAACCCCCUSUGAGUUUUGCGUCCCGACCCUCCCAGCCGUGGCAGGUGACCCGACGCCACGCAGCCCCCAGCGCCGCCGAGCUCCGCGAGGCGCGACAGAGAGCGGAGAGCGGCGCAAACAGAACGGCGCCACCGGCCGGCAGGUUGGAGAACAGACACGCCGUCCAGCAGCAGAUCAUCACGCAGCAACGGAAGCUGCUGAAGGAGCAGCAGGAGCAAAUCUCCCGGCUGACGGAAAAGCAGAACAUGUUGGGUUUGGAGCUGGAAAUGGAGAAAACGGCUCAGCUUACCCAGCUAUCGCUGCUGAAAGGCUCCAGACCAAAAGGCUGCAGCUUUGACCUGAAGGAGCAGAGAGCGCCGAGGGUUCCAGCAGCACCUGAUAGUCAGAGUGCAACUUGGAGGAAAGCUGUCACGCGGCAGACGUGCCCCCAUCCAGUGGUCACAGCCAUGGAAGCCCGAGYUCGACAGCGCGCAGAGCGGAGGAAGGAGAUCGAGGAACUCAAGAGAAAGAAAGAAGAAGACAGGCUGGCCGAGAUGAAGGCCGCCGUGGAGCGGAGGUGGAGGGAGGAAGAGGAGGAGAAACGCRAGGCGGCGGAGAAGAGACGGGAGGAGAAGAGGCGGGAGAGAGAGAGGGAGGAGGAGAAGCUGAGGCAGCAGAAACAACAGCAGGAGCUCACCAGGCUGGCCCGUCAGCAUCGCCACAGAACCUUGUUGUCACAUCGAGGCCUGGCGCCCUGGAAACGUCUCAUUCAGCUAAGACGAGACAACAUGCAGCUGGCCGUGAACCAUCACAGACUCCUCCUCCUGAGACGAUGCACUCUGGAGUGGCGGCGUCACRCGAGGGAGUCUGUGUCCGAAAGAGAGGCGUGUGCGGACCAACUUUACCAACACUUUCUACUUCAAAGGAGCUUAAAGUGCUGGAAAACAAUGAGAGACGCCCAGAUGAUGCAGGAAGAGCGAGCCGAGUGUUUCUAUCGCAGACGCACUCUGAGGAGGUUYCUGCUCGCACUUUUGGAUCACGUGACCCAGGAGAGGCUGGAGGAGUGGGACCGUCUGCGGCGGGCACAGGAGCACAGCGACAGACGGCGCCUGCAAAGGUGUCUGCUGGCCUGGAGGCAGCUUCCCAGCGUGCUCUGCAGAGAGAGGCGGCGGGAGAAGCUGAGCAGGAAAGUUGCUGAGGUUUUACCUGAUUUCUGCUUCCAUCCAUCACCAGAAAGGGACUAAAGAUGAAAAACUGCGCAGUUGCAACAAAGAGACAAGCACAUCACUCCAGAUGAGACAACUGGCUGCUCGUUUCUCAGAUUUAUUUAUCAAAAUAAAUUUAAUUUAAUUUAUAGAAAUUCUACAGUCUCUCAACUAAUACAUUUAUAAUGCUAUGAAAGGCUUGGAAUGUUACAGUAUAGCUGCCAUACUUCAUACAAUUCUGUCUUUGUAUUAAUAAUUGUUUUUUAUUGCAGUAUAUGUUCAACACUUUGGGACAGCAACAAGUUGUGUUUUAUAUAAAUAAAAUCGACCUUGGAGUUCUCUUAAAGCAAAAAGCAUCGGCAGUGGAAAGCAGCAAAAGAUUUUUUCCUUCAGCUGAAAUUUGUGCUGAUUUAUCUGCCUGUUUGAUCAAUCUAAAAGGCUUUCAUGUAGGAGUGUGUUGACAAUAAAAAUAAGAACUGAA